AUGACCAUGUACUUUGGGCAUCAGCUUACAAUUCUUUACGUCAUUUGUCUAGUGUCCAUUGUUGGGCCUUCUUCAGCGUUGAUAUCUCCGAUGCCUUGUAUAGAGCUUCGGCAAACUUUUUCGGUCUGCAGUAGAAGUGAGUGCAAGUUCGGGUCUAGAUUUCAUUCCUUCAAAACGUCUGAAUACAGGAUGGGGAUGGCCAGGCGUCCAAAUGACGAUGAUACCAAGCAGAACAAGGAAGCUGGGAAGCCAGAAUCUCCUGUUCCUCACGAGGUUUCGGAUAUUAAACUAAAGUAUCUGUUGUUGAAGAGUCAAUUGUCGCAAUUGAUAGACAAUGAAAGAUACGAAGAAGCAAAGGCCUUGAAAAAGGAGAUGGAUAACCUGCAGGAAAAGGACACUGAGUUGUUGGCCUGUAAGCUAUUGAAUGUCAGCAAAAAGAUGCAAGCAUCUUUGGAUGAAACGCUCAAGGCCAACAAACUUUCGAGGCUUGAACACGAGCUUCGAAUGGCCAUUGCAGAAGAGGACUAUUCAAAGCAAGAAUUAAACUCGACCAUCUCAAAGGCUGUGUUACAGCGCAUUGAUCUUGUGCUGUUGGAGGCAGAAAUCAAGAUGAGGGUUGUGAAGCUCAAAGCAACUGAAAAGGAAACUUUUCAAGAUCCGAAGGCAAAGUUGCAGCAUCAACUGCAAAGGUCCAUUGAGAGCGAGGAGUAUGAGGCAGCACAUGAGUAUUUGCAAGAAUUGAAGCUCAUGCGGAUGCACCAUGAAAAGAUGAAAUUGUCCGCUGACCGGGGCAAGCUGUUGGAGAAAGAACUAACAGAAGCCGUAAACGCAGAAAGGUAUGAGGACGCUGCUCAAAUAUCGAAGGAUCUUGCUCACCAAGAGAAACUCAAAAUGCAUGAUGCGCUGCAGAAGCAGAUUACUGAAAACAUCGCAGUGAAACCCCAACCAGCCGUAAGCAUCAGCGCCAGCCCUGCGCUAGUAGAGACCAACGAGUCCCUUGUUCCCUUGGAGCAAGAGGUGUCGGACAGGAGGGUUGUAAGUGCAAACGCUCAAGAUGGCGGUGGAUUAGACGUUGACAUGAAGCAGGUUCGGUCGACAAGCUACUUCAUGAUCGCCCUCACCUUCGCCUCCUUUUUCGCCAACUUGAUGAUCAUCGGAAAGGCCUUUCAGGCCGGUGCAUGGUGA